AUGUUGAAGAUAGAAGAAGAGUAAUAGAAUAAAGAUAACUGCUUUUCAUAUGAAAUAUGUACUAACUGGGAUAUUAAAUGGCAGUUUGACCUGCGUAAAAUUCAUAAGCAAGCUCCAAAGAAGGAGUCUUUUCAGGUUAUAUGCAACUCAGAUGAUACAGUUUAGAAUAAAAUUGAAUAGGCUAUCAAUAAACUUGAAUAUUGCUAUUAUGAAAAGAAAUAUGACAACAACAGCACGUCUACUACUCCUAUUGUCCCUAAAAGUGAAUAAAAAAGAGCAAAAUUAAUACGUAAAAUGGCUGAAAAGGCAUUUAAGGCAUUUAAGAUGAAACUUCCAGAAAUUGCCAAAGAAUUGCAAGAAGACAAAAACAACAUAAAGUUGUGGUUCAGGAAAAAACUGGAGUCACAAGAAGACAAUAACAGAAUUUUGGAGAAAUGCAGAAAGUGGAUCCAUAACAAAUUGAAUGAUGUAGAAUAUGAAGAUUUUCUCAAGGUUGUGUAUAAAUACACAAAAAGCUGCUAAAAAGAAGAGGCUAAACGUUAUAAAAUUCCUGACCCUUCUAUGAUCUUAAAAAAAUCUUUUGUCUUACAUCCUAACCCUCCUGGUGAAAAACAAUCUAAAAAUGCUCACUUACUUCUUUACCAAACUUGCAGUGCAGAAAACAGUUCAAGUUUAAUUCACAUAGACAUUUAGCUUGAAGUUACAGAUUUAAUUAAUAAAGAAGGUGAACUUGAUAACAAUAAAAAUAAUUUGAUUGAAUAAAUAAAUAAUUAAGCAGACUUUUUUAAUGAUUAUCCUAAUAUCAAUAACCCUUCAUUUGGUGAAUAUAAUGGAGAUGAACUUAAUAAAAAUAGUAAAUAAAACAUACAAAUUAUCAAUCAUCUAAAAUACAAAAAUACUUGCUUUAUUUAUAAAAUUAAUGGUAAUUAUUAUAUAAGGGAAAAAGUUCUUUGGGAUCCCAACUUUUGUGAAUAGAAUUAAAUAUUUUAAAAUUCGUAUUAACUAAUUAGAGACAUUAUUUUUGAAUAUGAACUGAUUAAUAUAACUAAAGAUAGGAUAUAAGAUCUUUGGUCCUAAGCUUGCAAACAAAUUUACAUUUAAAUAUAGCAGAAAAGAUUUUUUUAUGAAAAUUAAAAGACAAUUUGCUAAUUUAAUUCUUAGGAAGCAAUAAACUCAUAAAAAGAACAUCUCAUAUAAAUUAGUAUAAUUUUAAAAAAUAAAAAUCAGCAGGUUAUCCACAAGGAAUAAAUUGAAUGGGAUAUCAUGAGCGAUAUUAACAAUGCAGAACAAUUUGCUGAAAUCCUCACUCAAGACUUGAGUCUUGAAAAAAACUAUGCAGCUGAAGUUUCUAAAUAAAUUAGAGAUCAAAUUAGCUCUUAUAUGAUAAAAAAAGUUGAAAAAAUUGGAAAAUUCUACCCUGAGUUUAACAAAUAGAAUCCAUCAGAGACAUGGAAUAGAGUAAAAGAAAAAGAAUUUAUGAAAAAGAGAUUGGUCCACACCAUGAGUGAAGAUAUUCCCUUAAUACCAGAUGAAUAUCUCAGUGAAGAUUUCCCAUAAUUUAAAAAUUUAGAAAUGUUUAAUCUUUUAAAGAGUAAUUUAGAUGUCAUGCCACCUAAAUUUUAAGAAAAGCUAAUAGCUAUAGAAAAGAUAGAAGUAGCCUAAAAGAAAAAGAGUGAGAAUGAAUCUCCUUUCUUAAAUAUUGAUAAGGCUAUGCGCUGCUUAGAUCCUAGUUUAAUAUUGCAUGAUAAUCCAUAUGUACCAUAAAUUUUACGUGAAAACAGACAUAUAAAUGACUUAGAGCUCGAACUUGAAAAGAAGAGAGCAGUAUUUAAUAAUCCUUUACUUGCUGCAUAAAUGAGCUGA